CGCGACCAGGUCCGGAUUGGAAGAAGGGACUCGAAUCAUCUUCUCUUUUCUUCCUCUUCCUUUCUUCCUCGUGCAUGCCGCCCACAUCCUCUUAUCAAUAUUGUUCAACUAUGUUGUAAGCAUCGAGUGUCGAUUCGACGGCUAUUGUUGAGUUCCUUGGCAAUCUGUCGGAAUGUGUCAGCCCACUAUGAACACAUAACGUCACCGCUUCAAUUCUACAUCCUCUUUGUCACAACUCGUAUCAUUUUUGUUCGCAACCUGCAACAAUCCCAGUCUCCACCCACUCCACCACCCGCGAGACAAGGCACCCGCACUGCCGAUCCACCGUUUAUCUAACCAAGGACCACCGCUUCUCAUGCCGGCGACAACUGCAGAUUCGCAAUCGUCCCUCCCUUCUUCUUCUUCCUCCUCAACUUCGACCCCGACCUCGAACUCGACACGGUCCUCAUCUUACUUCACCUACCCCGUCUCAUAUGCCGUGUCAGGGCUCCUACGUCGCCUAACGACCCCUUCGGACGAGGACAAUAAUCCCAGCAAUAACAAGAACAACAACAGAAAGAGUAUCGGUCAGACUGCAGCCUCAGGCAUCACGAGCCUUUCCCAGAGCAUCCAAAGCAUCCUCAGUACCGACGACAACAUGGACGGUGUAUACACUCCCCCGCGACGGAAUCAUUCCCCCUUCCAACCGCCACCGCUCACACCGUUGACCCUAAAAGGUUGGAGACGCAGCACAACACAAUCCGCAAGGCUACUGACCAAGGCACUGGCGGAAGAGAUCCGGUUACUCGUGCCGCCACGGCUGCAACUGGUCGACGAUUGGUCGUUGAUUUAUAGCCUGGAGCAAAACGGCGUGUCGCUGGCGACAUUAUACGAGAAAUGCGACGAUUAUCGGGGGAAGCGAGGGGGCUUCGUACUUGUAAUAAGGGAUGGAGAGGGAGGGGUGUUUGGAGCAUAUCUUAGCGACGCACCGCACCCAUCCCCUCAUUUCUUCGGUAACGGUGAAUGUUUCCUUUGGCGAGCGCACGUAUUGCCCACCCUACCCGACCUUUCCAAUCUACCUCCUCCGCCAAGUGCCGACACGACAAAUGCUCAGAGGAUGACUACAGUCGCCGCUCCGAAGAACACAUUAAGCCCCCCGUCAUCUGCUCAUGGAAGUAGAAGCGGUACGAGCACACCUGAAAGAAUACGUUUCAAAGCUUUCCCAUACAGUGGUGUCAACGAUUACAUGAUUUUCUGUGAGCACGGAUUCUUAAGUGUUGGCGGAGGGGAUGGCCACUACGGAUUGUGGCUUGAUGAUAAUUUAGAAAACGGCGUGUCUUGCCCCUGCCCGACAUUCGGCAAUGAGCCACUCAGCGACGAAGGGAAGAAGUUCGAAGUCUUGGGCGUUGAGCUCUGGUAUCUCGGCGCGUAAUAGCUAUUGCAUCUAAAAAAUUUACAGUUCAAGGGGCAGCCUUCCAUUGCUGCAGGACUAAGUUCGGAGUUUCAUUUUCUAGGGCGCUUAUGAUCUCUUCUCCAUGAUAGAGACCCAGGAUACCUCAAGUGGAUUUUGCAUGAGACGGAAAACUUUAACUGGAUUUACAAAACUUUAUCAUUAAUCGGCGCAAAGCGCUCACAUCUCGUACCAUGUUGGACAUCUAGAUACAUCUUAAAAGAAAUCUUCCAUGCCGCAAUAUUAUGUUCAUGUG